AUGUUUAGAGAUCGUACGAAUUUAUUUCUGUCUUAUCGACGUACUUUCCCACACAAUGCCAGGUUUAGCAGUUCAAGAAGGUCGCUUGAAGAUCCCUUUGCUGAUGAAGAUGAGGAGGCUUAUCCAAUGCAAGAGUUAGGUGUUAAAAGUUCAGAUGCGUUACCACCUUCAUUUGUAGACAUGACUCAAGAAGUGGAUGAGAGUUUGGCAGAAGUAGAUCGUUUAAUGGUUCAAUUGAGUAAACUAUAUCGUAAGAAUGCGUUACCAGGUUUUGAAGACAAGAGCCAUGAUGAGAAAGAGAUUGAAUCGCUAAGUUUUAAACUGAUACAACUUUUCCAGCGUUGCUAUGGGGUCAUGAAACGAUUGCAAAGGGUUGAAGAAGAUCAGCAGUAUAUGGGACGUCAAUUACAAAGAGAUGACUUGGUCAUUCUAGAAAAUUUAAGGAAAAGGUAUGCACAGAAGAUUCAAAUUCAAAGUAAUAAGUUUAGAGUUCUUCAGAAUAAUUAUUUGAAAUUUUUGAAUAAGGAUGAUUCAAAGCCAGUUUUCCCCAAAUCUGAAGGUACUUCACAGUUGUUAUUAGAAGAAGAAGAAGAGGAAAAGGGUCAAAAUCGAGAUAUUGAAGCUUAUUCGAGACAAACUCUCCAAAGACAAAGGACGAGUAAUCAAAAUGCUACUCAGCAGUUCUUAAGAGAACGGGAUGAAGAAAUUACACAAUUGGCUAAGGGUGUUCUGGAAGUUAGUGUCAUUUUCCGUGAAAUGCAAGAAUUAAUCAUUGAUCAAGGUACAAUUGUAGACAGAAUUGAUUAUAAUUUGGAAAAUACAGUGAUCGAACUGAGAUCUGCAGAACGAGAAUUGAAGAGUGCAACGAGGUAUCAGAAAAAGACUCAAAAAUGUAAAAUCAUUCUUUUACUGUCGUUAUGCGUCUUUGCACUAUUCUUGUUUGUGAUGUUGAAACCGCAUAAUAGUACAAAGACCAUUAGACCACCACCAGAGGCUCCAGUGCCGGCACAACACCCUGAUGUACCUGAACGUCCUGAACUCCCACCGAAAGCAGAUCCAGAAGCAAGGAAUCUGGAUUGA